AUGUUCCCUCUUUACCCACCAAAGCGAUGUCGUUACCUCCUUGUGUUUCGCAUCUCUGUUUCUACUUGGCAUGCCAACAAGGUAUUUUGGAAUCGGAUAGAAAAUACACUUCUCCUCUUCCCUAUUCCCGAUCUUCACUCUCUUUCUGGGCGAUGUCGUCCUGGAUUGCUUCUUUUUUGUAUCCUGUACCAAUUCAUCUCAAUUCAUCAUUCACCAAUUAAGGUUGCCUACUCUCUUGCAUACUGUACAGCAUCAUCUUGUCCCUUGGAUCUUUUCUGUCUGAAAGUCUACGCUUUUGCUGCUAGCCUACCGCGGAGAGGAUUGCUUCUUUAG